GUUUAGCGUUUAAGGCCAACGUAAUUUUAAGGGGCCUUAAAACUCUCUAAUAGAUAGUUUUUAAUUUAUCGUACAAUAUCGAACAAAAAUACCAAAAUACCCAGUACAAUACAAUUGCUCAAAUUACCGUAGAUGUACGGUAACUACCGUACGAAUGGCCACCCUGCUCAUGUUGUAGCCUUGUCAACGAUCUUUGUUGUCAAAGUUUCACUCCAAAAACCAAAACAGACAUCUAUGAGCGCAGAUUAUUCACUAAAGUUUGUGAAAAACAAAAUUUUCUCCCAAUCUUGUUUCCCUAAUCGCCCAAUAAUUAAAGAUAAUUUUUUUGUAUCUUGACAUUGCGUUAAAACGCUGGCUUAUCGCGGUUAUUGCAUGAUGCGAUAUCUCCUCCGGCUGUAUUUAACAUCAUUUCAAAGUUUCACAAUAAAUUCAUGCUGUUUCCGGAAUAGAUAGACUCAAGUAUUUAAGUCAGUACUAUUUUCUGUUGAACUAGCAGCGAGAUUGUGAUGGAGCCGCGAAUUCUUUCCAUUCAAAGCCAUGUAGUGUCUGGCUACGUGGGCAAUAAAAGCGCAGUUUUCCCCAUGCAGCUUCUAGGUUUUGAUGUCGACUUUGUUAAUUCGGUGCAAUUUUCCAAUCACACCGGGUACAAGUCGGUGCAAGGCCAAGUGAUCACCGAGAAGGAAUUAAGUGCGCUGGUUGCAGGCUUGAAAAACAACGGCAUUGACCAGUAUAGUCACUUGCUUACCGGCUACAUCGGAUCUGCCGGCUUCUUGAAGGAAAUAGUUGCUUUAUAUCAAGAUUUGAAAGCAGUUAAUCCCAACUUAGUAUACG